CCCCUCCCCUCCCGCACGCCUCCUAGCUCAUCGUCUGUGUACAAAUGUGGUUAAUGGCGUCUGACUAGAGUUCCAACAGAGUUUGAUUUAGAUAGCAAAGGCACCAUUGACACCUCCUUGCCCCACCGCAGACAACAUCGAGACGCCAUGCCUUCGUUUUACAAAGUGGAGAUCAAUCGCACGGAAUGGGAGGUGCCGGAGCGGUAUCAAAUGCUGACGCCCGUCGGGUCGGGAGCCUACGGCCAAGUUUGUUCGGCAGUGGACAGUGUCCUUGGGUGCAAAGUUGCCAUAAAGAAAUUAGCUCGCCCAUUUCAGUCAGCUGUUCAUGCCAAACGGACUUACCGGGAACUCCGUAUGCUUAAACACAUGAACCAUGAGAAUGUGAUUGGUUUACUUGAUGUAUUUCAUCCAUCAACAACUCUUACUGACUUCAAUCAAGUGUAUCUGGUCACCCAUUUGAUGGGAGCUGAUUUGAACAACAUUGUGCGCACUCAAAAGCUGACUGACGAGCAUGUUCAAUUUCUGGUGUAUCAAAUACUUCGUGGCUUGAAGUACAUCCAUUCAGCAGGCAUCAUUCACCGGGACUUGAAACCCUCCAACAUUGCUGUUAAUGAGGAUUGCGAGCUUAAGAUCCUAGACUUUGGCUUGGCUCGGCCAACUGAAAAUGAAAUGACAGGAUAUGUGGCAACAAGGUGGUACCGUGCUCCUGAAAUCAUGCUCAAUUGGAUGAGAUACAAUCAAACAGUGGAUAUAUGGUCAGUUGGCUGCAUCAUGGCAGAGCUGCUGACUGGAAGAACACUUUUCCCUGGAACAGAUCACAUUGACCACUUAACAAGAGUGCUAGUGCUCAGUGGAACACCUUCUGAGGAAACUCUAGCAAAAAUUACAAGUCAAGAGGCACGUAACUACAUCCAGUCUCUACCACCAUUGAAGAAGAAGGAGUUCAAAGAUGUGUUUAAGGGCGCAAAUCCACUUGCCAUUGAUCUUCUUGAGAAGAUGUUGGAACUUGAUGCUGACAAGCGCAUAACUGCAGAGAAAGCUCUGGCUCACCCAUACUUGAAGCAGUAUGCUGAUCCAUCAGAUGAACCUGUCUCUGCUCCGUAUGAUCAGAGCUUUGAAGACAUGGAUAUUCCAGUUGAAAAAUGGAAAGAGUUGGUGUAUGAAGAAGUGCUGAGCUUUGUGCCCCAGACGCCCGCGAAACCUGCUGAUGUUUGAAAUAGUCCGGUUUGGUCAUUAUUGUCUGUUAUGAUUUUCUGCCCCUCCCUGUACCAAUAUGUUUUCUGUUAUGUUCAUUAUGCUCAAACCCUUUUCGCUGGCGAUGAUAGAACCCUGUACAUGGUAUUACAUAGUUUUGCAGUAGACCUUUGUAGGUUUAAUAUGAUGCGAUCUAAUUUUUAAUCCAUAGCUUUAAUACUAUUUGAGGUUGCAUAAUUGAUGCUUAUUAGUUACCAGUAUCUCUCGAGCACCUUUAUAGAGAGUGUAAUCUCAGUUAGUUUGCAAUGUGUGAAAAGCAAGAGAUUAAUGCCUUAUUGUACAACGAUCUUUAACUAUUGUGGGGGAAUGUACCUGAAGAGUGUACAUUGUUGAAGUGCAGUGUUUUGUUUAUUUGUUUUUGAUUUUCAAUUUGUUUUUGAAUGGACUUUGCUCAAUGUUUGGGUUGGUCAGUUGUCUUUUGCUGAAGUAAACACAGAUGUGACAUGACAUGGCAUAUCAAAAUUGUGUUCUUCUGCAUAUAAGCACAAUAAUCUAUUUCUCUUCUGCUAGUUUGCAAGAAGGACAAAUUAUACAAUCAAAGCAGGGUAUUAGCUCCUCUUUAGAUUUUACUUCCCAUAAUAAUUAUGGUAUGUCUAACUUGAGUGAAGACAUCAUGAGGGCCUGCUAUGAUCUUAUGAAGGCAGCUUUCUAAUUUGAUGAAAAAGUUCAGUGCGUUACUGUUUUUGCAGUUAUGGUAGGUGUUGAUGUUUAAGUUAAAGUUUGUGAGAAGUGACCUUAAGAGUUACAAAUUGGUCACUAUAUUCAGAUAAAAUUUCCUACAGCAAUGUUGUAGUCUGUUGUUGACAUUUUUUUUAUUGUUAUGUAUUUCUUUUCCCUUUUGGGGAGUAUUGUUAAACUUGUACUCAGUGCAAUAUAUUGAAUUAAGAAAGCAUUUUAUUUUACGAAGGAACAGCAGAAGAAUCAAGUUGAUUCUUUCCUUUCAUGUAUUGUAAGUUAGUUCCAUAAUUUGUGUUUCUGAAUUAAUUUAUUUUAUAUAAUUUCUUUACCCCUGAAUGCUUAUUACAGCUAGGGUACUAUAAUCGAGAAAGAUAUUGUCUCAAUUAGGAGUCUGUGAUUUUUCUAUCAAAUGAGAUUUUUUUUUCUCAUUGGUGAGAUUUUAAUUGAACUAGACAGUGUGAACAUUUUUAAAAAAUGGUUCUAGAAUGUUAUUUUUUCUUUUCCCUAUGAACUUUUUUUGUUGGUAAUAAUGGCAUAAGAGACUGCUUCAAAAAUGUGCUCUGUUCUUAAGUAUCACCCAUUUUAAAGAUCUAAGAUCAAUAGUUCUUAAUAUUUGCCAUGAUAAUCAUGACUAUAAGCAGUAUACAUGAGCCACUGAAUGUUGUUUUUUUUUUAAAUUCGUUUUCCUCUUUCAUAAGAAGUACUUAUGUUAGUGUUUUGAUUUGUUCGUUUCAGAUUAUUUGUUGGUAAGUGGAUUUUUAAUGUUGUAAGAUAAGUCAAAUUUGGCCUAUCUAAUAAAUUUGAAGGGAAACAAAUAGUUUUAUUAUCCAGGAGGAUGGUGUGAAGUGCCACUUUAUUAGGUAACACAUAGCUUGCAUGUACACAAAUAUCUGUGAAUGAUACGAGGUUGCAUUGUGGUAGUGAAAAUAUAAUCAUUUCAAAGAUAAGCUGAGAUAUAAUUCAAAGAUAUGUUGGAAAUAUCAUCUUCUGCAUCUCUUAAAUAUGUUAGAGUACAUUAAGAUUUAUUUUUUUAACUAUCUCUUCAUAUUCUGUCAGAUAACAAUUAAUGUUUAGUAACACCCUGGCCAAUAGUGACUUUUAUUUUGGCAAGGCUGUGAAGUGUGACUUAUCUAGGAUUAAGUAUUCUAAACAGAGAAUUCAGCUUUUAGAUACUUAGUUGAAAUUACAAUACAAAUAGUUCAGAACGUUUUGCUAGUACAUUCUUUCUCUUGUUCAUUUGGCUUCAUACUAACAGUGACUUUUUUAUUGAGAUAAAAGUUUUUUGUUUUGUUUUUUCAAAUUGACAUCACUAGUUAAGAUGUCAACAACCGGUUCUUAACCCACUUUUUAUUGUAUAGGAAAAGUUUAAUAAAGAUUGUGAUCUUCUAGUUAUA